AUGGCAGCUUCCUGUGUUUACGACGUGUUCCUGUCUUUCAGCGGUAUUGAUACCCGUAAGAAAUUCACAGCCCAUCUCUUGGCCGCUCUGGAUCGGCAUGGUUUUUACACAUUUAGAGAUGACACUAAACUCAAAAGAGGGGAAGAAAUUGGUCUCGGAUUGCUAAAAGCAAUUGAGCAAUCUAAGGUUUCUAUUAUAAUAUUCUCCGAAAACUACGCGGCCUCAAGAUGGUGCCUUGAUGAGCUUGUGACGAUCAUGGCUUGCAAGAGAACACUCAAUCAGAUUGUUAUUCCUAUCUUUUAUGACGUGCAACCCUCCGAAGUUCAGUCACCGAUGGGUUGUUAUGCAAAAGCAUUUUCCAAUCACGAAAAGCAGUUCAAGGAAUCGGUGAAGAUUUGGAGGUCAAACCUAGCUGAGGCUGCCAAUUUGUCCGGUCACGUCCUGCAAAAUGUGGCCAAGGGAUGUGAGUCAACCUUUAUUGAGAUUGUUGUUGGAGUAGUCGCAAAGAUAUUAAAUCCUACAUGGUUAAGUGUUCCAGACUAUUCGGUUGGAAUAGAAUAUCAUGUUGGAAAACUUAAUUCCUUUCUACAUUUGGAUUCAAUUGAUUCAAAUAGAGAUGUUAGGAUUGUUACCGUAUGGGGAAUUGGGGGAAUAGGUAAGACAACAAUUGUUAAAGAGUUGUAUAAUCGCAUACAUAGGAAGUUUGAAAGUAGCAGCUUUCUUGCAAAUGUUGGACGAACUUCGAUGCAGCCCAACGGCCUUGUUGAAUUACAAGAAAAGCUUCUUUGUGAUAUCCUCCUAACGGAUGGAAAUCAGAGAAUAAGAAGCGAGGAUUAUGGAAUUGAGGUGAUAAAACGGCGAGCAUGGUGUCGAAGGGUUCUUCUUGUUCUCGAUGGCGUGGAUAACAUCAACCAACUGAGGGCAUUAGCCAUAAAUAGUGAUUUCUUACGCCCUGGAAGUAGAAUCAUAAUAACAACCAGAGAUUUGUCUUCAGUAAGUUCGCUUGAAAUGGAUGGGGUAUAUAUGCCUCAGGAGUUGAAUCACGAGGAAUCUCUUCAACUCUUCAAUUGGCAUGCCUUUAGGAGUUACCGUCCUGUACAAGACUAUGAGAUCCUCUCUGAGAAAGUAGUAAGUUAUGCUAAAGGGCUUCCUUUAGUUCUUGAAAUUUUAGGUGCCUCUCUGUUGAACAGGACCAUAACUGAAUGGAAAAGUGAAUUGAAGAAGUUGAGAAAGAUUCCUCAUACGGAUGUUCAAAGACAACUUGCGUUGAGCAUGAAUUCACUUGAUGAUGAACAAAAGGGUUUAUUCCUUGAUAUCGCAUGCUUUUUUGUUGGAAUGGACAAAGAUUUUCCAAUCAAAAUACUAGAAGGUUGUGGUUUCUUCCCAGAAUCUGGAAUUGGGGUUCUAUCUCGUCGUGGUCUUGUGAGCAUUGAUUGGCUUAACCGGCUGACGAUGCAUGAUCUGAUUCAAGACAUGGCUAGAGAGAUCGUCCGCCAAGAAUGUCCUGAAGAACCAGGCGAGCGUAGUAGAUUGUGGUAUCAUAAGGAUGCUCUUGAUGUACUGAGAAUUAACACAGUAAGAGCCAAAUGCAUGAAUUAA